CUCGCGGGUCUCCGGGACCCGAGUACUGAGUGGUUCGUCGCGCCCCGGGACCUGCGUCCAGCGGCGUUGCUGCCGUCACCAUGCCACAAAAUGAACAUAUCGAGUUACACCGUAAGCGCUAUGGGUAUCGUUUGGAUUACCAUGAGAGAAAGAGAAAGAAGGAAAGUCGAGAGGCUCAUGAACGUUCAAAGAAGGCAAAAAAGAUGAUUGGUCUGAAGGCCAAGCUCUACCAUAAGCAGCGUCAUGCUGAGAAAAUACAAAUGAAAAAGACUAUCAAGAUGCAUGAAAAGAGAAACACCAAACAAAAGAAUGAUGAGAAGACUCCACAAGGAGCAGUGCCUGCCUAUCUGCUGGACAGGGAGGGACAGUCUCGAGCUAAAGUGCUUUCCAAUAUGAUCAAACAGAAACGAAAAGAGAAAGCGGCCUGGAAAAGGAUGGUUACUAAAGUUUGCUUUGUUGGGGAUGGCUUUACACGGAAACCACCGAAGUAUGAACGAUUCAUCAGACCCAUGGGCUUACGUUUCAAGAAGGCACAUGUUACGCACCCUGAACUUAAAGCCACCUUUUGCUUACCAAUACUUGGCGUAAAGAAGAACCCCUCGUCCCCACUGUACACAACGCUGGGUGUUAUUACCAAAGGGACCGUCAUUGAAGUGAAUGUGAGCGAACUGGGCCUGGUGACGCAAGGAGGCAAGGUGAUUUGGGGUAAGUAAACCGUACGUUGGGGA